AUGCCGUCUUUUACCAUUGAGGCAGAGGGUGAACGGAACCCGCUAACCAGAGAGCUGAUCGUCGCAACACUCACAAAUGCUUCUCACUCGGAUGCCCAGGCUUUGAAGGUCGCUACUCAGCAGAUCGGCAACUGGGAGAAGGUACCGGGCUAUUAUUCACUUCUUCAAGAUGUCUACGGCGAUCUGUCACUCAACAACGAUGUCCGCUUCCAAGCCAUCAUUCAGCUCAAGAAUGGCAUCGACAAGCACUGGCGGAAGACGUCCUUCAAUGCGAUUGACAAAUGUGAAAAGGAACAGAUCCGUACAAAAGCAAUUGAAUUUGGUGUCCGCGAGCCAGUUCCCGUUCUUGCAUUGCAGAACGCUUUGAUGCUGGCCAAAAUCGUCCGCUGCGAUUUCCCACAGGAUUGGCCUAAUGUCAUCACAAUCGUGACCGAGCAUAUCCGAGCUGCUAAGCAAGACCAAGCUUCCGGCCUGUACACCUCUAACGUCUUGACCAUCAUUUUACAGGUCAUUAAAGAACUUGCUUCAGGCCGUCUACAGCGAACAAAGAAAAGUCUGCAGCAGGUGGCCAAUGAACUCCUCCAGGAACUCGGCACUCUCUACGUGAGCCUGGUCACCAGAGCACAACUUGACUCGGCGCAGCCAGAUCUUACCAGUGCUCGUAACAGUCAUUCCGCCCUCAAGACCUUGAGGCGUCUUCUGGUGGUAGGGUUUGAGAACCCCCACCGUGACCAAGAUGUCGCAGAGUUCUGGAACCUUUUGCAGACACACCAGCAAACCUUCUGGACUGCCUACCAGCAGAGUCAUCCUGGCGAAGUGCAGAUUAUGCUGCGGAAACAUCUCCUCCAGCUGGCAAAAUUAUAUCUUGACAUGGCUCGCAACCAUCCAGCUUCGUUUGUUCUACUGGGCUGCAUGGAUAUUCUCAAUCAUUCGUGGAACAUCAUCAGCCAGAACGACGCGAAAACGGCGUUGAGUGCUACCUUUGACUGGAAUGUGUAUCGCAGCGGCGAUGCUAAUGAAGAAUCACCGAAUGAGAAACUCUCCUUAAAAGCGCUACUACUAUUUCGAGCAUGUCUGAAAAUGGUAUUUAAUCCCGUGCAGACGUUCAAAUAUCAAACUCCGCAGGACAAGGAGGAUCGCAAAGCCGCUGUGGAUUAUGUGAAGAACACCAUUCUGACAGAAGAUUUCGUGGUCAGACUCAUGGAGAUCUUGGUGACGCAAUAUUUUGUACUGCGGCCUAGUGAUCUUAGGGACUGGGAGCAAGAGCCCGACGAGUGGGAGAGACGAGAAGAGGAAAUUGCAGAUGCGUGGGAGUUUUCGAUCCGGUCUUGUUCCGAGAAGCUUUUCCUUGACCUAGUCAUCAACUUCAAGGAGUUGCUUGUCCCGCGAUUACUCGAGGUAUUUCACCAAUAUGCGAAUACGUCCAACACCAAUGUCCUGCUCAAGGACAGCUUGUACUCAGCCAUCGGUAUUGCAGCAGCCUGUCUCGAGGAUGUGCUUGACUUCAACACAUUUUUAAGGACAACGUUGGUGCCUGAGGUGCAGAUGAACCAUCCAAACUACAACAUCCUCCGACGCCGUACCGCGAUCCUCCUCGGCCAGUGGGUGCCGAUCAAACCGGAAACACUCGACCGGGUAGCUGUCUACCAAAUUUUCACGCACCUCCUCUCUGUCAAUGAGCCACUUAAUGACCAUGUUGUCAGGGUUACUGCUGGCCGCCAGCUGCGGCUUGUCCUUGAACCAUUCGAGUUCAACUUUUCCGAUUUCCAACCAUAUGCCACCCCGUUACUGCAAAGUUUAAUGUCACUCAUCGCUGAGACAGAAUUAUCCGAGACUAAAAUGGCGCUCUUGGAGACGGUCCGGAUUGUCGUGACCAAGCUCGAGGGCCACAUCGAGCCAUACGCAGCAGGAAUCAUGGCUAUGCUGCCACCGUUAUGGGCAGAAUCUGGGGAAGAACACCUCAUGAAGCAAGCCAUCCUGACCAUGAUCACUGCCAUUGUGACCAGCCUAGGGCAGAAAAGUCUUUCUUAUCAUAACGCCAUCCUCCCAAUCAUCCACGACUCGGUGCAACCAGAAUCAGAGGCCAUUGUGUAUCUGCUAGAAGAAGCGCUCGACCUGUGGAUGGCGAUCUUGCAACAAACACCGACACAACAGGCGUCACCCGAGCUGCUCGCGUUGUCACAGUCGUUGCUUCCAUUGCUUGAAAUGGGUAGCGACCUGCUGAGACAGACGCUUGAAAUUGUCGAAUCCUACACCAUCUUGUCACCCGCGACUGUGCUCGCACCAACCUUCCUGGGCCCAUUGCUCACCUCCUUGAAAUCACUACUGUCAAUGCUCUCUUCUAAUCGCGUACGAGACGCGUCUCUUGGACCUCACGUGGUUGAGAAUCUUAUCGCCACCAUAUCGAUAGAGUCGUACUCUGCAUUGGAUCCGCAGCAAGCUCUGACCCACGUUCUCGAGUCGAUGCUCAGUACCGGCUAUCUUCCAGCCCUUCUCGAACUACUGAAGGAAGCCUACGAAUACCAUCAACACCCCCGACCGAACGUCCGACCUCCUGAUAUCAUCGGACCCGGUGAAACCAGCCUGUUCACUCUCUUGUCCCGCAUUGCACUUUUGUCUCCAGAUAAACUGGUCCAAGCGGUCACGGCUACCAACGUCACAUCCACGGUCACUCCCACCGCCACCACCAAAUCAACGGAAUCCACGACGGUCCCUGCAAUCCACUGGCUACUCAUCGAAUGGAUGUAUCAGAUCGACAGCAUAGGCGACGUUCUGCGCAAGAAACUGCAAGUCCUGGCCUUGACCAACUUGCUGACCGCGACAACUCCACCUUUCCCGCAACUGAUGUUUGAACACCUCCAGUCCCUGCUUACGAUCUGGACGGACAUGGCCGUUGAGCUGCGCGAGGAGGCCGCCGACGAAAGCGAGGGCGACUACCUCUGGCAUAACAAGCUAGGCGAUGUCCCUGAGUGGCCGGACGCGACCCCCGAAGACGGCCGCAAGCGAGCUAUCAGCAACCAAGAUCCGAUCUACACGAUCAACAUCCGGGUGUUUAUCGCCUCCACUCUGCGCCACGUUAUGGACCAGGCCGGCGGCCCUGCAGCGUUUGAGCAAGAGUGGUUGAGUCGAGUCGACUCGGCCGUCCUCAAGGCUUUUGUGGACUUGAAAUUACUAUGA